AUGAAAUGUUAUGUGGCGCUGUCACUCGGUAUGUCUGCACUUAUCACAUUCGACAAUGACAGCAACAAUGUGAUCUCGUUCUACCAAUUUGAAAAUGACGAAAUCUAUCUGUACUAUCGUGGUUGCUAUCAACCAAUGGACUACCUGAAUUGUCGCUAUCGACGUGACUCGAGCUUCGACCUCUGUAUUUGCACGAAUCAUCUCACCAAGUGCACCUACGACGCGCCACUCAGUUGGGAUCAGAUAUGGUAA